AUGAAUGCACCUGGAAAUAAUCAAAUGAUUGCCCCAAAAAUUCAAACACAACUGGUGAAUGCUUGUGCAGUUGAGACCACAAAUGUUAUUCUAGCUGAUCUUGGAGAUAGGUGGUUCACUUUACUACUUGAUGAGGCUCAUGAUUUUCAUGUUGCAACUACUACAGCUGCUUGUUUGAAGGAGGCAAUCGACUCUUUAUUUGCUAAGUAUGGUUUGUCAGUGGUGAGAUUGAGGGGUCAAGGAUAUGAUGGUGCUUCAAAUAUGUCUGGAGAAUUUAAUGGCUUAAAGUCACUGAUAAUGAAAGAAAAUUCGUAUGCAUUAUAUGUUCAUUGUUUUGUUCAUCAACUCCAGUUAGUGGUUGUAGCCAUUGCUCAAGCAAAUCAAUAUGUUAUCGAUAUUAUUUUACAUGAGAUGGAUAGUCGUUUCUCUGAAACAACUACAGAUUUGCUGAUUUAUAUGUCAUGCCUUGAUCUUAAGAACUCAUUCUCUAGAUUUGAUGUACAGAAGUUAGUGCGUCUGGCUCAUUUUUAUGAGGAUGAUUUUUCUUGGAAUGAGUGCAUGUUAGUUGAACAAGAGCUUGAAACAUAUAUUGAUGACCUCAGAUCAGAUGAACGGUUUGAAGGCAUUUCAGAUUUGGGAGCUCUUGAAAAGAAAAUGAUUGAAACAAUGAAAAAUCAUAUGUUUCCUUUGGUUUAUCGGAUGAUUGAACUAGCCUUACUUCUUCCAGUUGCUACUGCAACCAUUGAAAGGGUGUUUUUGACAAUGAAUAUUGUCAAAACAUAUUUGCGAAACAGGAUUGGAGAUGAAUGGAUGAAUGAGAGUUUGAUAAUCUAUAUCGAAAAAGAUGUUUUUAAUACUGUCGACAAUGAGCUAAUUUUACAGCAUUUUCAAAACAUGGAGUUUCGAAGCAUGCAAUUGUCACGUAUUCGUUUGUAG